UUCUAAAAAUUGUUAAUCGGAAAUAUUGCUUUUCAGAAUUUUUUUUUAUCUGGGUCCAGAUGAUUUCGGAUAAACGGUGUUUGAAUGUAGUCAUACACAUGACUGGUUCACAGAAUAUUAAGAAGAUUACUGGCUGCAAUAUUUUAACAGAUAACAUAUUACAAAGAAACCCGGGCAGAUAUUGAUACAACCUGGUCUCGAGGAUCAUCAAGAGUGGCGUGUUGUUUUACUUAGCCAUGGCAAGCGAUGCUCAAAGCCUGACCCUGCUGGUUGCCGCUUUCGACUUCGGAACCACUUACAGUGGCUAUGCUUUCUCUUUCCGAGACGACCCAAACAAGAUUCAGACAAACCAGAGCUGGUACGCAGGGGGUGUGACAUCAAGAUUGGUCUCUUUAAAGACCCCAACAUCUGUCCUAUUAAACACAAUUGGAGAGUUUGACAAAUUUGGUUACGAGGCCGAAGACAAGUACGCAAACCUAGCUGACGACGAUGAGCACCACGGCUGGAGGCUUUUUAGGAGGUUUAAGAUGAUGUUGCAUAAUAAUAAGCACUUGACAAAAGAUGUUACGGUUGAGGACGUUUGCGGAAAACAGAUGACCGCUUUCCCGUUGUUUGUUAUGUCGUUAAAAUAUCUGAGAGAACACCUACUGGAGGCGGUUACCAAACAAAAGAUUGGAAUCGAAGAGACGGACAUUUUGUACGUGUUGACCGUCCCGGCUAUCUGGGAUGAGAAUGCAAAGAGAUUUAUGAGGGAUGCGGCGGAAGAAGCUGGAAUUGACCCAAAUCGCCUUAAGCUGGCCCUGGAGUCGGAGUGUGCCUCGAUCUGGUGCGAAACGUUGGAUAUGGACGUUAAGGGCGCUCUGGCUGAUCAAGGAGCACAGUACAUGGUCAUCGAUCUUGGAGGAGGAACGGCCGAUAUAUCUGUUCAUGAGAGGAAACCAGACGGAACCCUGAAGGAAAUCCACAAAGCCAGUGGAGGUCCAUGGGGAGGCAUAUCUGUGGAUGAAAAUUAUGUGAAAAUGUUGAAUGAACUUUUCGGAGAAAAAGCUCUCACUGACCUCCGAAAUACGGAAAUGAGCGAUUAUUUUGACGUCACUCGGGAAUUUGAAUACAAGAAACGGUCAUUUGAACCUGACAAAACAACGCAGAUAAUUGUUCGUAUUUCUGCUUCACUGAGGGACCUUGCGUGCAAGUAUUCAUCGAUUUCCCUAGAGGAACGAAUUACGGCCUUAAAAGUACAGGAACAUUCCAUCACACAAAAGGGCAAAGACAAGCUAAAGAUUGAUUCAGUACUUGUCCAAUCAUGGUUUGAACGACCAAUAGAUAAGUUGGUUCAUCAUAUAAAGUCUCUUUUAGCAGAACCAAAUAUGAAAAGCGUGCAAACAGCUAUUCUUGUCGGCGGCUUCGGUGAAAGCCUUUACGUUCAUAAGAGAAUGAGGAAUGAAUUACCCGGCGUGAGACUGAUCGUUCCUCCUGACGCGGGCCUCGCCGUGUUGAAAGGCGCCGUAAGGUUUGGACACAACCCCUUCAUUGUCUCUUCUAGGCUGAUGAAGUACACGUAUGGGACAGAAGUGUAUCGAAUGUUUGAUGAAAAGAAAUAUCAGGAGGAGACGGUUUGGAUGAAUGGAAAUUGGUAUGUUCCUAAAUGUUUCGAUGUGUACGUGAGGAUAAACGAGGAGGUGAGAGUAGACCAACAGGUUACCAUGGAGAGUAUUCCUAACAGUGAAAUAUCCAUCACACCCAUCUACAGGACCACACAGGUGAGCCCCGAGUACACAACAGACCCCGAAUGUGAACUAAUAGGGACAAUUACACUGGAAAACAGCUUGGACAUUCCGUUUGAAGAACAAGAUAUAACAACUACGUUUAUGUUCGGGGAUACGGAGUUGCUAGUGAUGACAAAGAACGCAUUCACGGGAAAAGAAGCGUUAAUGACGUUUGAGUGUUUCACUGAAUAAAUAUUUUGUCAGACGACGAGUUUGAAAAUGCAAACUUAACACUCAUGUCACAAAAUAUUUAAUUAUUUUAGACGUUUCACAAAACUCUUUUUCGAGAAUGUUUUGGACAUAUUGUUUGUACAUAUCUCUACUAGGUUAAUAAA